AUGAAGAUUCUUACUAAAGAACAAGAAGAUGCUCACUACAGCUCCGUCCUCAAAGGCGGUACUGUCGGUGGCCUCCUCGGUCUCGCCGGUGGUCUAGCAGGAGUCCUCCUUGCCUCACGUCGUUACCACACAAUCCGCAACCUAACUUUGCCGAUGAAAGCCUUCCUGGUGUCAUCCUCGGGUACCUUCGCCGGUAUCAUUGCCGCCGACCACGCCUCACGUGAGCACGAGAACGAGCAAAACGCCGCAUACAAAUGGUACGAGAAUCGCGGAGAGCGUCUCCGCGCCGAGGAGAAUCGUGGCCUCAGCUUCACUGACCGCGCGGCUGCCUUUGCCCGCCGCGAGAAAUACAAGAUCAUCACUGCCACUUGGAUCGCCUCGAUGGUUGGCUCGUUCACGCUUGUCAGUCGUAUUCCCGGCCUCAGUGGACAGCAGAAGCUGGUCCAGGCUCGUGUGUAUGCACAGGGUCUGACGCUGGGUGUGUUGUGUGCCUCGGCUGCUUUUGAGAUCUCGGACCAGCGUCGUGGUCGGGGUUUGCUCGACUCGAAGAAGGAGGCCGAGGCCAUGGCUAAGGCUCAAGUUGAGGUUGAAGAGAACCAGCCUGUUCACCAAGGUGGGAAGCCUCAUGGGGGCGACCUAUGGAAGGAUAUGGUUGCUGCCGAGGAAGAGCGCUUGAGCUCUAAGCACCAGUCUCUCUAUGAUCAUCACGAGAAGCAGCAGGCUGCAAGUGCUGGAGGGAAGUCUUAG